AACCUCAAACUGAGCCCACUCGGCCAUCGCACACCACCCGCGGCUCACACUAGAGGUCUCUCUCUUUCCUGCCACCAUCCUCUCAAGGGAUCCUCUCUCUUGGCAGGCAUCCUUCUGCAACUGACCAAGAAAGAGAAAAUCGCAAGGAGUAUAAGGAUCUUAAAAAGAAAUCAAGUAGCCGCGCAAAGGAAUCUUGAGUUUCCAAUCGCCGUUGAGGGCAUCUUGAUUCAGCCAUACUUGGGUACCUGCCCAAGGGACAAGUGGCGAAAAACCAGAGGAACAAGGAAUUACCAGGAAUAGGUCAUUGGGGUGGUUUGUUCCUCCAUCUGAGUUCUCUGGAUGGCACUAUUCCGAAUACAUGCCUCUAUCACCAAUGUUUGCACAGUUCGUUUCCUCUCCUCUUCCACCCUCAACCUCCCUAAGCUCCAACUAUCAGAGGAUGCUGACACACUCUCUCAAAUCCUCCUAACCCAGCACAACCCCUUCCACUCCAUGGAGUGCUCACUCCAACUCUAUGGCAUCUCUCUCUCUUCAUUCCUCCUUGACCAGACACUCCUCCGCCUCCAAAACUCUUCCAAGGUUGCCCUUCCCUUCUUCCACUUUUCAAAAUCACUCCCCCAUUCUCCCUCCCUUCUCUCCACCACCUCUUACAAUAUCAUGAUUGACAUUCUUGCCAAGGUCUGCCAGUUUGACAUUGCUUGGCAGCUUAUUGUUGAAAUGGAUAAAACAAAUAUUGAUCCAGAUUCCUCCACUUUCAUGAUAUUGGUUCGAAGGUUGAUUGCUGCUGGACUAACCCGCCAAGCAAUUCGCACAGUUGAUGACAUGGAGUGCUUUGUUGCUCUUAACGAUGAAGAUAGAUCCUUUUGUUUUUGUUAUUUACUUGACACUUUGUGUAAGUAUGGGUAUGUGAAGCAGGCUGUUGAUUUUUUCAACAAACGGAAAUCUCAGUUUAGGCCUGAUUUGAAGAUGUAUACAAUAUUGAUAAGUGGGUGGUGCAAGAUUAAGAGAAUAGAUAUGGCAGAGCAGUUUCUGAAGGAGAUGAUUGAUAGGGGGAUAGAGCCGAAUUUGGUAACAUUUAACGUGUUGUUGGAUGGGAUCUGUAGGAGGGCUAGCCUGCAUCCUGAUGAGAGGUUCCAGAGGACGAUAAUGAAUGCUGAGAGGGUGUUCGAUGAAAUGCAUCACAGAGGAAUUGAGCCUGAUGUUACUAGUUAUUCCAUUGUGUUGCAUGUGUAUAGCAGGGCACAUAAACCACAGGUAACAAUUGAUAAGUUGAAGGAGAUGAAGGAGAAAGGUAUCCAUCCAACUGUGGCUACAUAUACCUCAGUGAUGAAGUGCCUUUGCUCAUGUGGUAGGCUUGAGGAGGCAGAGGUGCUGCUGGGUGAAAUGAUAAGAGAUGGGGUUAGCCCUUCAGCAGCAACUUAUAAUUGUUUCUUGAAGGAGUAUAAGGGAAGGAAAGGUGUAUCUGCUGCCUUGAAAUUGUAUAGGAUGAUGAAGGAGGAUCAUCUCUGCGAACCAAGCAUGCUCACAUACAAUUUACUGUUGCAAAUGUUUCUAACAUGGGGUGAAAUGGAAACCAUCAAUGAAAUCUGGGCAGAUCUUAACGGGACUCUAUCAGGACCAGAUUUGGAUUCUUAUACUGUGUUGAUUCAUGGAUUCUGUCAGAAACAAAGAUGGAAAGAAGCUUGCCUGUAUUUUGUGGAGAUGAUAGAGCGAGGCUUGCUUCCUCAAAAGGCUACUUUUGAGAUGCUAUACAGGGGUUUAAUACAGUCUGACAUGCUUAGGACCUGGAGAAGAUUGCAGAAGAGGCUUGAUGAAGAGUCAAUAACCUUUGCUUCAGAGUUUGAAAAUUAUCCUUUGAAGCCAUAUAGGAGAUAAUCCAGUUUUCCCUCAUAGAUGUGAAUUAAGGCAUUACUUAGCUCUAUUUCUUUUCCUUAAAAAUUGUUUAUAUCUUAUCCUAUAAUGAAAGUUCCUUCUGUCCUGAGCCCGAAGUAGCUGCUCCUCAUGCUCUUAAAGCAUGGCUGGUUCCUAGAAAGUGUCAUACAUUUCCUUCCUAUUUGUCAAGUGGUAUAACAAGCCAAAAACUAACUGUAGCAUUGCCCAAAAUAAUCCCUUCCUGCUAUCAAAGAGGAAGACGAUCAAGUUGCACUAGUUAAAUGCUCUGUCAACAAUCAACAGAAUUGUAAUCCAGAGCUUCAUUAUGUAUCAAAAUUUUCUCAUUCGCAAAUCCUUCCU